AUGAACGCAUCCGCCCAAAUACCAGAGGAGUCUCCUGACUCGGAGCCAGUCCUCGACCGACUCGGCGACUUGAACUUGAAUGACGAUGCCGGGGAUGCAGGUGAUGAAGAUAUUGCCCUGGACAGUGUCAUCCGCCUCAUCCGAACACCAGCCUAUUCAGAUCUCAUCGUCAGCUCGGCGGCCUUGACUCUGCUACAGGACGACUGGGGCGUUGCGCUGAGCGGCGCGCCCGCUGCGCUCGGCCGUCUCGGCCAGUGCUUCGUUCUCGCGUCUGAGCCUCUGGCUGCAUCUUUGGUUUUCCCCGACAACGUAGGGCUUCCAUACAAAUCUCUCCGAACGAAUCUCGUCCACUGUUCCGAUUUGGGUCGCAAAGCAUUCCGAGAUGCCGAGUCCGGGAUGAAUAGACUCUCCAUGGUGGUCCAGGCACUCUGCGAACCAAACGGCUCCAUUGCCAAGAUUAUCGAAGCUGUCGAAGACCCCAUCUUAGCUGAGUUGGACCUUCCUGAGCAGGUAAAGGUACUCAAGCGCAUGUCAGACGCUUGUGUUGCCGAUACCUCGGCCGUCAAAGAGAGAUUCGAUGCCUGGAGAGACUUUGCCAAUCUCGUAUAUCGGGCCUGCGUUGAAGAAGAUGAAACACUCAAGCGGAACCAGACUGACCUCGACGCUCAAGUGAAGGAUAAGAAGAUGGCGGUGGGCUUGAAAUCAACGGCGGUGACCGAGAUUCAGAAGCAGGCUGAAUACUACAACAGUCAGAUUGCUGACCACAAGGCCGAGUUCACCAAGGCGGAAAAGGGAAUUCCCAAAAGGGUGUUGCCUUCAUUUGGACGCAGAACAAAGAAGCCAUCAAAGCUUGAUCUUAGCGGUGCAAAUGUCGAGCUCGGCAGUUCUGGUUUUCUCUCUGGUUUCAUGAAAAUUGCUGUGAAUGCCAACUGGACCAAGAGACAAGAGGCAGAGGCACAGUCCUCAGGCCAGUCAGAGGACCAAGAAGACCAGCGUGAUAUGGGUUACAACCUCGCAGAUCGGCUGUGCGCACCAGUGCACCGGCUCGCCGAGCUGCUGACGCUUGGUCCGGACGAGCUCAAUGGCGCUGACUGGGAGCAGUUGGCAGGCCGGCGCGGAAGCGCCGAGAGCAGCGUUCGAAAUAUCUCCGGCCGCAUCCAUGGCGAACUAUCUCGCGUCCAGGCGGAGCACACGCCAAUUGUACGAAGGGUUCGUGGCGCCAUCCGGCCCGUCGAGGAUGUCCUUGUGGAACUGACCCGCAUGGUUGCCAAGGAGAGGUCCGUCAAUGCCAAAAUCGAGGUUGAGGUCGCCGAGUCGGCCAAGACUUGGCGAAACGAGGUUAGGAUGACCGAGGAGAAGCUGAGCGAGAUCCUCGGUGAACAACUGGAGUUGGCCAAGAAGCAAGUCCAAAAUGAGAAGCGUCGAGGAGAGCACUCAAGGAAGAAUGCGUUGUCUCGUACCCAGCUACGCUAUGAGCGGCUCCGAUUAGCGCAAAGGGCCCUGCUGGAGGUCGAGGAAAAAGCCAACCAGCGUCGAGAAAGGGAGCGGCAGGAGAUCCAAGAUCUCGAGAUCAUGCAGCAGGAGUUCCAGAAACUACUAGCAUCCGAGGCCACCAUGGCACAAGUCAAGCAAAUCGUACGCGAAUGCGUCAAGAAGCUCCAGGAAUUUUGUGCGCAUAUUGAACAGCUCAUCACCUUCUUCGCCAGCAUGCACCAGCACAUCCAGCUCAUUGACGAGAUGCGCGUCGAUCACUUCACCCAGACCGCCGGAACUACCAAGACGCUGGGGGAUUACGCCAAUGCCCAGACAGACGAGACGGCGCGCUUGCGGCGGGAACGGUUCAGAGAGCGGAAGCUAGCGGUUGGUGUCUUCCUAUUCACUGCUCCAUCCACCACCGAGAAGACGAAACUGUGCUGA